UCUUCCAGUCUUGCUCCUAUCAGCAAAGAGGAUUUUGCAAAGCCACAGAACAAUGUGUGACCAGCAGACACAGCCGCAGUUCCCUCCAUCUUGUGUGAAAGGUUCGGGACUGGGGGCUGGACAGGGUACCAAUGGUGCCUCUGUGAAAUGCCCAGCUCCAUGCCAAACCAAAACUGUCUGCGUGACGGGCCCUGCUCCAUGCCCCACUCAAACCUAUGUGAAGUGCCAAGUUCCAUGCCAGACUCAAACCUACGUGAAGUGCCCAGCUCCCUGCCAGACAACCUAUGUGAAAUGUCCGACUCCCUGCCAAACCUACGUGAAGUGCCCAGCUCCCUGCCAGACAACCUAUGUGAAAUGCCCAGCUCCCUGCCAGACGACCUAUGUGAAAUGCCCAGCUCCCUGCCAAAAGACCUAUGUGAAAUGCCCAACUCCCUGCCAAACUUCUGUCAAGUGCCCAGCUCCCUGCCAGACAACCUACGUCAAAUGUCCAGCUCCUUGCCAGACCCAGACGCGCUAUGUCCAGUGUGCUUCUCCUUGUCAGAGUUACUAUGUUCAAGCUCCUGCAAGUGGCUCGACCUCUGGGUACUGUGUCCCUGAUCCAUGCUCUGCUCCCUGUUCCACCAGCUACUGCUGUCUGGCUCCCCGGACCUUCGGGGUGAGUCCCCUGAGACGCUGGAUUCAGCGACCCCAGGACUGCGACACAGGAUCGUCUGGCUGCUGUGAGAAUUCGGGAAGCUCUGGAGGCUGCGGUUCUGGGGGCUGUGGCUGCGGCUGUGGAUGUAGUAACUGUGGAUGCUGUGGCUCUGGGUUCGGCUGUUUGGGAAUUAUUCCCAUGAGGUCCCGAGGUCCUGCAUGCUGUGACCAUGAGGAUGACUGCUGCUGCUAAACACACAACAGUCCAACUCCAGAAUGCACUGCUCCACCAUCCCUUCUGGAACAUGCACCAGCUUCUGACCCCCUCUCUGUGCUUUGCUUCUCUACCAAGGCAGCCUGCCAGAGUUAGUGCAACCCCCAAACUUUGGCAAGAAUAAAGCUCUGAAUGCAAUUCACGG